UCUUCCCUUCAGGCCAUAAAAAAGCCUCUAAUUAUUAUUAUUAUUAUUAAUUUUUUUUUAUUUGUUAUUUUCGUUUUCUCAUGGCUGCCUCCGUCGAUCCGCUUGUUGUGGGGCGAGUGAUUGGUGAUGUUGUAGACAUGUUUGUUCCGACCGUCAACAUGUCUGCCUACUUUGGCCCCAAGCACGUGACAAAUGGCUGUGAUAUCAAGCCUUCAAUGGCUGUCAAUCCUCCGAAAAUGACACUCUCUGGGCAUUCAGACGAGCUAUAUUCUCUGGUGAUGAUUGAUCCUGAUGCUCCCAGCCCUAGCGAGCCCACCAUGAGAGAAUGGGUCCAUUGGAUUGUGGUGGACAUUCCGGGUGGAACUAACCCAACUAGAGGGAAGGAGAUUCUGCCAUAUGUGGGGCCACGGCCACCAAUCGGAAUUCAUCGGUACAUAUUGGUGCUGUUCCGGCAGAAGGCUCCUCUGGGACUUGUGGAUCAGCCAGGCUCUCGUGCAAACUUUAGUACCCGUCUUUUUGCCGGCCAGCUCGAUUUGGGUUUGCCGGUGGCGACGGUGUACUUCAACUCACAAAAGGAGCCGGCGAGCAGGAGGCGCUAGCUGAUCGGCCGGCCGUCUGCGCAGGGAGAAGUGAUUAGUGGAAGUAUAUGAAAUGGGGUUUCUAAUUAAGGUUCUUCUGUAAUGAAUGAAUGUAGUGUGGGUCAUUCUCCUGGGUGCCCGGGGAGGUGACCGUAUAUUAUCCAAUUAAGUCUCUGUUUUUUCUUUCUCGAUGAUAACAUAGGUUAGAACUAUGUUUUUGUGUUUCUUUCAUGUUGGAAUAUUAAUGCUUGUUUUUUC